CAUUUAAUUUUGCUUCCUCGCGUUUCCCUUCUUACCUUCACUAGUAAAACUCACCAUUUCCCAUUCUCUCACUCUGUCUCGUUCUAAUUGAUGCAUGUUGAAGUUGAUGCGCUAUAUUUUCUUCUCCACUCUCGCCCACUCUAAAGCCUAAAACUCCCUCACAUCAAUUUCCCUUUCCGAUCUUCAUCUGUCUCCGAUCUCCGUCUCUUCGCGUCGCUGCCACAAUGCGCCUCUGAUUUUCUCUCCUCUCAGAAGGCUUCUGUGGAAGUGGCAAUGGCACCGAAACGAAGCGCGAACGCGAAGUCGAAGUCGAAGGGAGUAGUGUUUAGCGGCUCCAGAGCGGCGAAUUCGCCUUCGUCUUCGACGACGUCGUCGUCGAAACUGUUUCUAGAAACUUCCGUCGAUGGCCUGAGCUCGCCUGCGUCUUCGUCGGCUCGGAGCAAGACACCGUACUCGUUUUCCGAGAGCGUGCCUUUGGACGCGAAGGAAAACGUGACCGUUACGGUGCGGUUUCGUCCUCUGAAUCCCAGGGAAAUUCGUCAGGGAGAGGAGAUAGCGUGGUAUGCUGAUGGCGAAACUUUGGUGCGGAGCGAGUAUAACCCGUCCCUCGCGUAUGCGUACGACCGUGUCUUUGGUCCCACAACUACAACUCGCCAGGUCUAUGAUGUUGCUGCUCAACAUAUUAUUAGUGGUGCUAUGGAGGGCAUCAAUGGUACAAUAUUUGCAUAUGGGGUAACAAGCAGUGGGAAGACUCAUACAAUGCAUGUACUUAUGAUCAUUAAACCAUACCUAAAUCACAAAAAGAAAUUCUUGAUGGUUUUGAUACAUGCUAUUCUUCAUGGUGGAUGUAACACUGAGUUCCUUGAUGGUGAUCAAAGAUCUCCAGGAAUUAUACCUCUAGCUGUGAAGGAUGCUUUUAGCAUUAUCCAAGAGACUCUGAACAGAGAGUUUCUUCUUCGAGUUUCGUACUUGGAGAUCUACAACGAGGUGGUUAAUGACUUAUUAAAUCCAGCUGGACAGAACUUAAGAAUCAGAGAGGAUGCUCAGGGAACCUUUGUUGAGGGAAUAAAGGAAGAAGUUGUACUCUCCCCUGCUCAUGCACUGUCUCUUAUAGCUGCUGGUGAAGAGCACAGACAUGUUGGGUCCACAAGCUUCAACCUACUGAGCAGCAGGAGCCAUACAAUAUUUUCCCUGACUAUAGAGAGUAGUCCAUGUGGUGAAAAUAGUGAAGGUGAAGCAGUAACACUGUCUCAACUGAACCUCAUCGAUCUGGCAGGUUCUGAGAGCUCAAGGGCUGAAACAACUGGCAUGAGAAGGAGAGAAGGAUCUUACAUCAAUAAAAGUCUUCUAACGCUUGGAACUGUUAUUUCAAAAUUGACUGAAGGCAGAGCUAGUCACGUACCCUAUAGAGACUCCAAAUUGACUAGAAUACUUCAGUCUUCACUCAGUGGUCAGGGACGUAUAUCUCUCAUUUGCACUGUAACACCUUCAUCAAGUACCGCUGAAGAGACACAUAAUACAUUGAAGUUUGCUCACCGGGCAAAGCUCAUUGAAAUACAAGCAGCCCAGAACACAAUAAUUGAUGAAAAGUCACUUAUCAAGAAAUACCAACAUGAGAUUCAGUGCUUAAAGGAAGAAUUGGAACAAAUGAAGCAGGGUAUUGUCUCAGUUCCACAAAAAGAAACCGGUGAAAUUGACUUUGUGCUCCUAAAACAAAAGCUAGAAGAUGGUCAAGUCAAGUUGCAAUCAAGAUUGGAAGAAGAAGAAGAAGCUAAAGCUGCUUUAUUAGGAAGAAUUCAACGAUUGACUAAGUUAAUUUUGGUCUCCACUAAAGCAUCACACUCAACUAGAUUUUCUAACCGACCUGGUCCUCGUAGAAGACAUUCCUUUGGGGAAGAAGAGUUGGCAUACCUUCCAUACAAAAGGAGGGAUUUAAUCUCAGAUGACGAAAACACUGAUAUGCAUGUUAAUUUAGAGGGAAAUGCUGAAACAGCUGAUGAUUCUUUUAAGGAGGAGAAAAAGACAAAGAAACACGGGUUACUAAAUUGGUUGAAGAUACGGAAACGAGAAACUGGGUUAAGUGCCUUUUCAGGCACUAGUGAUAAAUCAUGUGGAGCAAAAUCUGUUAGCCCACCUUCCACUCCUCAAGCAGAAUCUAGUAAUUGUGCAGAGUCCAGACGUUCCCAUUCUCUACCUGCACAAAGCUCUCCAUCCGCAGCAAGGGAGGAUAAAGAGGAUAGUUUAUUGGGACCAGAGACACCUUUGAUAAGCGUUAAAUCAGUUGAUGAGAUUGAUCUUUUGAGGGAGCAACAAAAAAUUCUGUCAGAAGAAGUGGCUCUUCAUUCAAGUGCUUUAAAGAGAUUAUUGCAGGAAGCUGCAAGAAAUCCUCGGGAUCAGAUUCAUGUGGAUAUAGAAAGGUUGAAAGAUGAAAUUAAGGCUAAAAAGGAACAAAUAGUUUUGCUGGAAAAGCAAAUUGCUGAUUCUUUCAUUGCCUCAGACAAGUUGGAUGAAUCAGGAGUAUCACUAACUCUCACCGAGCUGAUGACACAAUUAAAUGAAAAAUCCUUUGAACUGGAGGUCAAAACAGCAGAUAACCAUAUAAUUCAAGAACAGCUUAAUCAGAAGAUCCAUGAAUGUCAAAGCCUUCAAGAAACAAUUGGCUCUCUGAAACAGCAGCUUGCUGAUGAUGCAUUAGAGUUUGGAAACAUGAGGCAUGUAUUCAAUCAUUCUCAACAUUUCUCUGUAACCAAAGACUACAACGGUGAACCUCACCUUGAGGGGGAAGGUGGCAUGAUAACCAAUACCAAUGAAAAGAUUCUUUUACAGGAGCAGGCAAGCGAGAUAGAAGGGCUGAAGCAAAAGUUGGCGGAACUAAGCGAAUCAAAAGAACAGUUAGAACUUCGAAAUCAGAAACUGGCAGAAGAGAGUUCAUAUGCUAAAGGGCUAGCUUCGGCUGCUGCCGUUGAGCUUAAGGCAUUGUCAGAACAAGUUGCUAAACUCAUGAACCAGAAAGAUAGAUUACUGGCUGAGCUGGCUGCAUCGAAGAAUUCUCCCACCCAACGUAGAACUAGUGGAACAGUCCGAACUGGACGACGAGAGAGUCAAGUUAGACGAAAUGAUCAGGGUGCGUCAAACUCUGAUAUCAAGAGAGAACUGGCCUUGAGUAAAGAAAGGGAACUUCAAUAUGAAGCUGCCCUUUUAGAUAGGGAUCGUAAUGAGGCUGAUCUUCAAAAGAAGAUUGAAGAAUCAAAGCAAAGAGAAGCAUACCUGGAAAAUGAGCUUGCCAACAUGUGGGUUCUUGUAGCAAAGCUGAAAAAGUCACAGGGAAAUGAAAUUGAUGUUCAACAUUUGAUAUGAUCUUGUAAUAGUGGAUUUGAGUUGAUCCAUUACAUCAAUUUUAUUUCACUUGAGCGAGAGCGAGAGGUGUGCAAUGAUCGUUAACGGGAAAGUGUGCCUUUUGAUAUUGGUCCAUACAAAGGGUUUCCAGGAAUCCAGUUUGUGUAUACAAUAAUGGUUGCUUCCCUCCUAGCUACUUUCAUUUUUUUCUCCCUAAAUACCAUUUUUAACACCACAAAUCAUAUAACAACGAAAAUACAAAACCAUUAAAUGGUCAUCUAGCUAUGCUUUCACGUUUGUUGUA